CCUCAAGUUGAAAUCGAAAAUUUCAACUGAGAAGAAAAGGGAAAUAGGAAAAGUGAAGAACUUAACACAAUGAGUUCAACUGUUAUAACUAUUCCAGAUGAGGGAGAGGUUCCAAUCAAGAAGAAGAAGUUUCAAGUUUCACUUCCUCUUAUUUCCAUUUUUAAGGAGAAGAAAAACAACCAAGAAGUGAAAAAACUGAUUCACAGCAUCAAGGUUGGAAUUGCUCUUGUCUUGGUGUCUCUUCUCUAUCUCCUAAAUCCUCUCUACAAGCAAGUGGGGGAUAAUGCCAUGUGGGCUAUAAUGACUGUUGUGGUCAUAUUUGAGUUCUAUGCAGGUGCUACACUUCGCAAAGGCUUCAAUCGUGGGAUUGGAACUGUACUAGGAGGAGGAUUGGGGUGUUUAGCUGCAGCUUUCGCCCAACAAGUUGGUGGGAUUGGCAACGCCAUAGUUGUUGGCUUUUCAGUUUUCAUAUUUGGGGCAGCAGCAACAUACAGUCGAUUAGUUCCAAGGAUCAAAAGGAGUUAUGAUUAUGCAGCAAUGAUAUUUAUUCUCACCUUCAAUCUGGUCGUAGUCUCUGGUUUACGGGCUGAAAAUGUCCUGGCAUUAGCAAGAGAACGUCUCUCAACAAUUGUCAUGGGGUUUGCUGUCUGCAUCUUCAUAAGCUUACUUGUUUUCCCCACAUGGGCUAGUGAUGAACUUCACGAUUCCAUAGCCUCUAGAAUUGAAGACUUAGCUCGCUCUAUUGAAGGAUGCUCAGCGGAAUACUUCAACAGUGUUGGGGAGAAGCGAAAUUGCUCUAGUGCUAAUUCCAAUAGUUACAAAUCACUGCUGCAUUCUAAAGCAAAGGAUGAAUCACUGGUAAAUUUUGCAAAAUGGGAACCAUGGCACAGAAAAUUUGGUUUUUCAUACCCUUGGGAGAAAUACUUAAAAAUAGGAGAUGUUCUCAGAGAUUUGGCUGCAACCAUCCUUUCACUUCAAGGCUGCCUUCAAUCUCCUAUAAUGUCCUCAGAAACCUUACUUCAGUCAAUUAAAGAACCAUACACUGUUAUUGGGUCAUCACUUGCAUGGACACUACGAGAACUUGGGGAGAGCAUCAAGAAAAUGAAAAAGUGCCAGUCUGAAAAUUUGAUGGUGCAAAAGUUAAAGUCAAUGACGCUAGAGCUAAGUCAGGUCAAGACUCUUUCUACAAUUGGACAAAUGGAGAAUGCUGAUGGACUUGCAAUUGCAAGCUCCAUAUUCUUGUUGAUGAAGAUGAUAGACAAGGUGGAAGACUUGGCAAAAGAAAUUGAAGAACUUGGAGAACUUGCUGGUUUCCAUACAAAAUAAUUGAUCUUCAUAAACAAAUAAUGAGCGCAGUGUACUGCAGAGAAUCAAAUUUUGGCCUGUAGCAAAGAUAUACAUCUACUAUUGGCAGCCCCUAGCCCAAGAAAAAGAAAAAAAAAAUGAGGGUUUCUAAGGAAAGGUGGCUAAUGACUUAUUUAAGAAAGCAACUGUUUGAAAAGAAGUAACAAACAGUACUGGACAAGUACAAAAGAGGUGGAAUGUUAAACGUACAUAGAGUAUAAGGUGCUUAUCAGAGAAGAGAAGCUAAUCACUAGUUCACUAUUUGUAACUAAAAUCCAUUAUGGAAUCGAAUUCCAAAACAUAAAUACUGCUACAUUUG